AUGGUUUUAAGAUCAGGUCAACAUUUGAAAAGCGAGUCAAAUCCCAAUCUCCUGGAUAACCGCAGUCAGCAAUUGAUGACACGAAGGGAUUGCGUUUUGAACCUUGAAAGAUCAGCAGUCGGCAAAUUGUGUUGUACAAAGCAUCUGUCUUUGCUCUUUGGUCUACUGUUUCAGUCUUCCGCUGUUUUGCCUGCCAUGGGUCGCACUUCCAAUUUCGUUCAGUCGGUUGUCACAACAAGUAUAUGCUUGACACUUCUUUACACAUGCACUAACGCUACUUUAUCCGGACGCCAGGGUCUCGGGCCUUCUACUGAUUUACCAAAGAACUGGUCGUACAAAGGAUGUUACAGCAACUUGGUUGGCCAGAGGUCUCUGCGCAGUGCCACACUUACAAGUGAUGAUCAAAACGCCAGAACCUGCAUCGAAUUCUGUGCUUCUGCCGGGUUCUCACUAGCCGCAACCGAACACAACAGAAAUUGUCUCUGUGGCAAUUCCGUAAGCGCUUUUGGUGAUCUCGACCGUGAUGGCGAAGGAUGCAACAUGGCGUGUGCAGGUGCGCUUGACGAAGCAUGUGGUGACCCAGACUAUCUCUCGUUGUAUGAACGCACUGCUGCGCUGCCAGCUCGAUCCGAUACCUUCGAAAUCGAUGAUGGCCUGGGCGGCGAUAUGAGUUCCAGCAAACUCAACGCUACUGCCGAUGAAAUUUUAUUAGAGCCCACCACACUGUCGAGUAUCUCUAGCGCUACACCUACGCCAACCCCUGAGCCUAAAAGUGGUUGGCAAUACGAAGGGUGCUACGUGGAUGGAGCUGGAGGGCGUUCACUUCCACAGGGCACCGCUGUACAGGGUCAGAUGACGAACGAGAAAUGCCGUAACGCCUGUCGAGCUCAGAGUUACGUACUCGCCGGCACCGAGUACUCUGGGGAGUGUUUCUGCGGUAAUGCGCUUGUGUUUGGUGGUGCUCCUGCUGUGGAUGGAGAAGCACUAUGUAACAUGCCCUGUAACGGCAACCAGACCGAAAUGUGUGGUGGCCCGAAUCGCCUCUCGCUCUUUCGCUUCUACCUGGGCAACGAGCCGCCACCAUCUUCCACUCCAGGAGCGUCGUCAAGCGUCGCUCCCAUCGCCACCGGCCUUCCUGACGGCUUUGAGUAUAAGGGUUGCUACGUUGAUGGACCUGGCUACCGAGUGAUGCAAAACCAACAACCUGAUGACCCUCUUAUGACAAUUGCUUCUUGCUCCAACAUAUGCGCCAAGCUUGGGUAUGAUGUUGCUGGAUUAGAGUACCAUACACAGUGUUUUUGCGACACGCAGCUGCGUAUGAACGCCUCUCUUGCCAGCGACGACGCCCAGUGCAACACCGAUUGUGGUGGGGACGCUACUCAGAAAUGCGGAGGUGGCGACAGGCUGAGUGUGUGGUCCAGCCAGAAGACACUCAAGAUCACCAAGAAACCUGCACCUGUCCAGAAAGUUGGAGACUGGACCUAUCAGGGAUGUAUAACGAGCUACGGGGGCGGUUGGGAGAAGCCACUGCCCUGGAAACUAUUCAACGAAACCGGCAAUUCACCUUCCUGGUGUCUCAACAGGUGCGCGACGCACGGCUACAUGACUGCAGGACUCGAGUAUGGUGUCGAGUGCUACUGCGGCAAUCUGGAAGGUCUGGCCAACUCCCAGAAGGCCUCUGAAGACGAAUGCAACACUCCUUGCCCAGGCGAGCCAGAGGCCAUUUGCGGUGCAGGAAACCGACUUACCUGGUACCAAUACACUGCCGAAGAGCCUCUGUAUGUCUUCGAUUAUCCUCAAGGCGAUGCCGCUGGGAGGUAUGAAUUUCUCGUAGGAAGCCCUGUCAUUCCUCUUAUUGCUCAACCCCUUGUCAACGGCAAGAUUUCAUUCCUCGAAAAACACGGGACUGGACCUAAUGGCACUGGCGCCUACGAACUUGAUCCCUCAAUCGGCGGCGAUAUCUUCCACGCAUUCCGCGAACUCAAUGGUCUCAAAACAGACGUGUUCUGCGCAGCCAGUUUGACAAUGCCAGAUCGAGCAGGACGCGUCAUUAACGUUGGUGGCUGGUCCGCGGACUCUUUAUUUGGUGUUCGCAUGUACUGGCCUAACGGUGCAGCUGGUGUCAAUGGUACAAAUGACUGGCAGGAGAACUCCAACGAGCUCAAGCUACAAACUACACGUUGGUAUCCGUCCAGUAUGAUCAUGCCUAAUGGUUCGAUACUUGUCGUAGGCGGUGAAAAUGGCUCUAAUGGUCCGUCGGUACCAAACAUGGAGGUCCUUCCUCGCGCUGGCGGACUCAAGUACGCUCAAUAUCUGCUUGAUACCGAUCCGUACAACCUUUACCCAUUCUUGGUGGUGCUACCAUCUGGAGGUAUCAUGAUCCAGUAUUACAACGAAGCCCGUAUCCUCAACGAAAACACUUUGGACCCGAUCAAGAUUCUGCCAAAGGUUCCUGCGACGGUCAACGACGAUACUGGGGGUCGAACAUACCCUCUUGAGGGAUCGCAGGUUCUCCUACCACAAAAUUUUCCGUACCAAGAGCCUCUUGAGGUACUCAUCUGUGGCGGUGCUGGACGAGCUCCUGCCUGGGGCAUCGACAACUGUGUCACGAUUCAGCCUGACAUUCCUGACCCCGAAUGGACAAUCGAGCGCAUGCCAUCCCGCCGCGUUAUGUCGUGUAUGACAACUUUGCCUGAUGGUACCUUCCUGAUCCUCAACGGUGCAGAGGAAGGUGCUGCAGGCUUCGGUCUUGCCGACAAGCCGAACCUCAAUGCGGUUCUGUAUGAUUCAAGGAAACCGAAGCACUACCGCAUGAGCAUCAUGGCUAACACUACGAUCGCGCGGAUGUAUCACUCGGAGGCCGUGCUUAUGGACGACGGCCGAGUCCUAGUUUCCGGCUCUGAUCCGGAAGACGACAAGCAUCCUCAGGAAUACCGCUUGGAGGUUUUCCUACCACCGUACUUGACUCAAAAUAAGGCUCGGCCUGCCUUCACAAUCGAGAGCAAGGACUGGAUCAACGAAGCAGAAUAUAACUUCCAAGUCACAGGUUCUGGACCAGGCAUCAAGGUGUCACUCCUCGGAUCGGAAGCCAGCACUCACGGCAAUUCAAUGGGCGCGCGCAUCCUCUUUCCUCGCAUUAAUUGUGCCAACUGGCCGAGCUGCACCGUCACCGCGCCUCCUGGCCCGUAUGUGGCACCGCCGGGAUGGUAUCGCAUGUUCGUCCUUGAUAAUGGUGUGCCAUCUCAUGCAACAUGGAUUCGCAUUGGUGGUGACCCGGCUCGGCUCGGAGAUUGGCCCAACACGCCAUCUUUCCAACCGCUUCCUGGUAUUGGACCUGUGAAGGACACUUACCCGUCGCCAUCGAAUGCAAUAAAGAUGAGUGGUCGGGAAUUCCGCGCUUAG